AUGUUUUCCCUCAACAAACCUAUCUUGGCCCUUGGCCUUGUCGGUUGUCUUGCCUCCGCCUCUCCCAUCCUCCCUACACCAUCUCUUACCACCUCUAUCAUAUCUGGCACAUCUGCUGCCCCUCAUGCCACUGGCCAAGCUACCCUCAACGCGACCCAGCUGGCCAGUCAUCGUGUUUUUAACGGUCCUCAUGACGAGGACUUUGUCCCUCACCCCAGGAACAAGCAGGACAUCGCCUUGCAACGCGAGCGGGCCAUAAAUCUCGUCCCCGUCACUGGUGAGGGCCCCGAUCGCGAGAUCUGCACUAAGCGCAAGAAGUACCUCCGCCCGAAGGUCUGGGCGGCCGUGAAGAACGUCGACGUGUCCAUGGAGCAAGUCGAUUCUGAUCCCCUCACCAUCGAAGUCACCAUCACCAACAACGGCACCGGCCCCAUCACCUUCUGGAAUGAGUUUUCUCCCCUUAGCAGCGACGCCUUUGACCUCGGCUACUUCAACUUCCAUACAGACACGCCCGGUGUUACAUUUGGCGAGGGCUCUCGGGAUGAUGCCAGCGGCUACCGACCAGUCUUUUCCAGGUUCCUCACCGAGGUCGCACCUGGCUGGUCGGUGAGCUCAAGGAUCAAGCUGCCCAGCGAUCCGUGGCUCAAGAUGCUCAGAAUGUCCGGCACUGUCACGAUGGAGAUGUACGGAAGCUGGUAUGGUAUCUGGGCUGGUACCAAAGAAGAGGUCAUGGCGAGCGAUUUGAACGAUAAUAUGAGUUUCUGGAAUGACCUUUAUAUUCCGUGGGACGCCAGAGUCUCUAAGCAGUCUCAGAUGCACCCCUCGAAUUCUGACACUGUCAUGAGACUUGAUCUGGACUAG